AUUGCCUGGGUGGGGUCUGGCCUGUUACCAACCAUCCUUCUCAGUGGCUCAGUCACAACACUAGUUUUGUAAGAUGUCUCACAGCGGAGCACAGGGCAGCAUUGGCAGCCACUCAGCUUUGGGGCUACAAAAUUACAGGCUCAUCUGUUAUGAAUAUGAAAACUUCCAAGGACGGAGAGUUGAUUUAUCUGCCGAGUGUCGAAAUCUGUGUGACCGCGGAUUCGACCAAGUAAAGUCCAUCCGAGUGGAGUCAGGACCCUGGGUUGCAUUUGAACAAAAGGAUUUCACCGGUGAAAUGUUCGUUUUGGAGAAGGGAGAGUACCCUCGUUGGGAUUCCUGGUCUAAUUGCUUCCGUGCCGACAGGAUAAUGUCUCUUCGACCAGUCCGCAUGGACACACAAGAUUACAAAAUCUGUCUUUAUGAAUGUGCCAACUUUGAGGGUAGGAAGAUGGAAGUCUGUGAUGAGGAUAUCCCCAGCCUAUGGUCCUAUGGAUUCCAGGACAGGGUAGCAAGUGUCCAAGUCGUUGGAGGAACAUGGGUUGGCUACCAGUAUCCUGGCUACAGGGGAUACCAGUAUCUAUUGGAAUAUGGACCCUACAAGCACUGGAACAACUGGGGUGCUAAUCAGCCUCAGGUUCAGUCAAUACGUCGAGUGAAGGACAUGCAGUGGUACAAGAGAGGAAACUUUGAAGUUGGAAACUAAAAAGGCAUAUGGUAUAAGACACAGAACCCAAAUGGCAAAGCAAAGGGACUUGUUUCUUUCUUCUUUUUGUUUUUAAUCAUCCUCAUUUUACUGGUGAGAGAGAUGGCUGUUGAACAUUUUCUUGCUCUUCUACCAUCUGAGGUUAUUUAUUAAAUGAGUGUUUUUGACUUUGUAAGAGUUUAGUUAUAAUCAAAUCAUCCUAUGGUAAGAUAUUUUAAUCUGAUCACGUUAUCGUGGUCAACCACAUGCAGAAUUAUGUUUCUGUGCUUUCCAUUCUGUACAUGGUAAGUCUCAAGCACCUAGCAGUAUUGCCCUCAACUAAUACAGAGGAUUGAAAUGCACUGUUCUGUCUGAAAAAGAAAAAUAGACACGCUACAUUGUCACUGUGUCUGAGUUUGACACUGUCUGUGAUUGCAUUUCUACCAGGGUUAUUUGUUAAAAUCUAAACUAAUUCAAAGUCAAACGAAAUCCAGGGCUCUGGCUUGAAGGACAGGAAUCAGGGGUUAGAAAGGUUCUACAUGACAUAAUCAUGUUUGGUCCAGUGAGAUCAGGAGGACAGCUGAAGAUACCAUGGCCAAUUAAGAAACAGGAGAGAGAAUAUAGAUAGAUUUUCCCAAAACUAUCGAUUUUCUCUAGAUUGAUUUUCCCAAAACAGGAAAAGUAGCAGAUAGAUCUACACACCCUUACCACAAACAAUUGUUGGGAACAUUGUGUGUGUUUUUUUACAGGUUAAAUGAUUCCAGUUUGGUAACUGGACAACUUACCAAGCAGUCGUAAGAGGAGGGAGGUUACUGGCAUAUUUAGUUUAGAUCAUUGGUGGUAACAGAGCCAUAAUUAUUGUCCUUCCUUAAAAUCAGAAAAGAUAGUCUGCAGUGGUCUAAGCGUUAGUGAACAUUUAGUAAACUGCCAGCGGAAGCGGAAACAUUAGACCAGAGAAAUGGAAAUGGUAUCUAGAAUCUCAUCUCACUUAGUUACUCAUUCAUCUUCAUACAUGGACAAUAGAACUUUAUGAAACUAGGCUGGAAUCAUUAAGAAAAGGUCCUCUCUCUCCCCAAUGAAUAGGUUGCCUUAAGAGGAUGAGCGUAUUUGUGUGGUGGCUGUCAUCUUUCUCAGGGAAACAAGUCUUAUUUUAUUACACACAAACCUCAGCAAAUGAAUGCAAAGCAUACAAACUGUUUACUGUUAAUUUCCAUCCAAACACAACUAUGCCAAUCCACCCAUACAUGUGUCAAACUCUUUGCAGUAAAACUAUAAAUAAAUUAUAAUCCAA